GUACAUUAUUACUCCGUAGGCCGUACUCCACCUUAGAAGCAUCCUAACAUUUGGAGUGGAGUAUAUAACCUGCUUCCCUUCGGCUCGGAAUUCCUACUGGAAUAUUUUCUGCAUCCAAUCAGAUGGCGAAGGAGCAUAGCGGGUCCCCAAAGCUUCAAAAGCUGGAAGCAAAGAGGAAACAGCUGACUUGGAUUUUGGGAGUAAGUGGCCUUUGCAUCCUAUUCUACAUUCUAGGAGCUUGGCAGAGUACAUACUCUCCCAUCCCUUCUGCUGGCCAAUCUCACCUUUCCACAAGUGUUGAAUGCAAUAACAGUCAAUCAUCUGAAAAGCCGGCCGUGUCAUCAUCAUCAUCAUCGACAACAACAACGCCGCUUGAUUUUGAAAGCCAUCAUCAGUUGGCGGUGAACGAAGAUGAUGCCGAGGAGCAUAAGAACUUCCCACCAUGUAACAUGUCAUACAGUGAGUAUACUCCGUGCCAACAUCCACCAAGGGGAAGGAUGUUUCCGCGGGACAUGAUGAAAUACAGGGAGAGGCAUUGCCCCUCAAAGGAAGAGCUCCUCAGCUGCCUAAUUCCAGCCCCACCAAACUACAAGAGACCUUUCAAGUGGCCUCAGAGUAGGGAUUACGCUUGGUUUGCCAAUAUUCCCCACAAAGAGCUUAGCGUCGAGAAGGCCGUCCAGAAUUGGGUUCAGGUUGAAGGUGACCGCCUUAGGUUUCCUGGGGGUGGCACUAUGUUUCCCCGUGGAGCUGAUGCUUACAUUGAUGAUAUUAGUGACCUCAUUCCCCUCACAAGUGGGGCCAUUCGAACCGCCAUUGAUACAGGCUGUGGAGUGGCAAGUUGGGGCGCAUAUCUGUUGAAGAGAAAUGUUGUGGCUAUGUCUUUUGCCCCGAGAGAUACACAUGAAGCACAGGUAUGGUUUGCUCUGGAGAGAGGUGUCCCGGCUAUGAUUGGUGUUUUGGGUUCACAAAGACUUCCAUAUCCUGCAAGAGCUUUUGAUUUGGCCCACUGCUCACGCUGCUUGAUACCUUGGGCCGUCAAUGAUGGAUUAUAUUUAACUGAGGUUGACAGAGUGCUUAGACCAGGAGGGUACUGGAUACUUUCAGGCCCACCUAUCAACUGGAAGACACACUGGAGAGGGUGGGAGAGGACCAAAGAAGAUUUGAAGAAAGAGCAAGACUCCAUUGAGGAUGCUGCCAAACGAUUGUGCUGGAAAAAGGUAACUGAAAAGGGAGAUCUAUCUGUCUGGCAAAAGCCCAUAAACCAUCUGGGCUGUACCAGAUCAUUAUCGAUUUGCAAGUCCAGUGAUGCCGAUGAUGCCUGGUACAAGGAUAUUGAGUCGUGUAUAACCCCACUGCCGGAGGUAAGCAAAGCAGAUGAAGUUGCAGGCGGUGCAUUAGUGAAGUGGCCAGAGCGUGCAUUUGCCGUUCCACCAAGGAUUAGCAGUGGUUCAGUCCAGGGCAGCAUCACAACAGAGACAUUCAAAGAGGAUAACGAAGUGUGGAAGCAAAGAGUGACAUAUUACAAAAAAAUCGCAAGUCCCUUACACCAAGGGCAGUACCGGAACGUAAUGGACAUGAAUGCCAAUUUAGGUGGCUUUGCAGCCGCUUUGUUGAAGUAUCCGGUGUGGGUGAUGAAUGUUGUCCCGGCUAACGUAGACCCCGACACUUUGGGAGUGAUUUACGAACGUGGCUUCAUUGGCACAUACCAUGAUUGGUGUGAAGCAUUCUCCACGUAUCCACGUACAUAUGAUCUCAUCCACGCUGGCGGCGUCUUCAGCAUAUAUCAGCCCAGGUGCGACAUAGCGAACAUUCUUCUGGAGAUGGACAGGAUCUUGAGGCCUGAAGGGACUGUGAUAUUCAGAGAUGCAGUGGAGGUUUUGGUGAAGGUGAAGAGUAUAACAGAUAGGAUGAGAUGGGAGAGUCGGAUUGUGGAUCAUGAAAGUGGACCAUUUAACCCGGAGAAAAUUCUUGUUGCGGUGAAAAGUUACUGGACUGGAAGCACUUAAUUAGAAGGAAGGUGGGAUGGGACAACCAAACAAAGCUGAUGUCUUAUUCAGUUUGACAAUUUUAAGGAUGUUUUGUCCCCACACAACCCCAACUCCACAGCAUUUUUAUUUAGAGGAUACAUCUUGAACUUGCCAAUAAGGCUCCUCAACUCUGAUGGGCUGCUGGCGAUAAAUCAAAUUUUCAGAGGUAAGCUCCAUCGUCACGGCAAGCAUAUGGUAAAAACGAAGACAUACCAUAUUUAAGGAUGUUCCUGUUACAUACUGCAAUCCAUGUUAUGUAUUUUUAUCAUAUUGCAACAAAUUCCUUUCUUCUGCAUUUGUAAUUCUUUUUGUAGUUAGUAACUUAGUACCACGUUAUUAUUGAGUUUCAAGAUUCAAGGUAUGAUUACACACCCAUUGUGAGUGUACCGAGCCGGGUAGCCGCAAUUUUGAUCAUACCCCCAAUGCUUCUCACUUUUGACACCAAUUAUUAUUUGCAUUUUUUAUAAUUAUGUCUUUUGCACUAAAUUUGAUUAAAUCAGUACUGGAUGUUUUAUUGCC